UGCUGUCUGAUGUCGAGCCUGAUCGGCCAAGAGUUUGCACAUAUUACUGUCGUUCUUCCACUGCUUUGUCGAUGUUGUUGAGAUGGCUGCAGUUCUUUGCCGGAUCUGUGGCGGUGCUUUUGAGUUGGAUUGUUGUUGCAAGUUCUGAUCUCGCAGUUUAUGAGCUGCAAGCUCGGUGCGCCGCUCACUGCCUGAUAUACGAUCCAAAGGGACAAUAUCCCUCACUUGACUGGGGUCCGUAUAGCUUUGGAUCAAACUUUGAAGGGUGUAUCAGUCCUUGUGAAUCCAUACCUAAUCUCCAUGAGUGCCAAAGAUUGUGUGAGACAAGUCUAGACCAAGAGAAUUGCACUUCUUCUUGUUCCUUCUUGGAAGAGAUAAGAACUUCACAGCAGACAGCUCACCUUAAACAACGUAAUUUUCCUUUGACUAUAGAAGGUCGACCUAACUAUGACAAUCAGUCAGGAGUACUAAGCUGGACUAUUCCAAGACAGAUCUAUAAAACUAAACCUUAUCUUCACUUGCCUGUCUCAUUUGUUGUGCAAAGUGCGUUGGUUACAAAGAAACAGUACCUGGAAGGAAAGACUGUUAAUUGGCAGUGGCAAUCUUACAGACCAGUGCUCCAUGAAUCUAUAUAUCCAAGUUCCCUCUUUGACAAAGUAGACCAAAAUGCGGUGUAUGUGUUCCGUGUGGCAACUUUCAACCAAUAUGGCACACGUGGAUUUAGUGCAGUUAGCCUACCAGUCAUCUUAAUAAGGGAACAUGUAGUAGACUGCCACACAACCGACAACAAUGGCAGUUACCCCUUGCGACCAGAAUCUGUCUUCUAUAGUGACUACUUUCUCUCAGAUGAAAGUGAUAAUACUAUGUCUGUCAACAUUACCUGGAAUCCUCCUGCUACUGGAGUACAACCAUCUUGUUACCAGUUGUUCAUUAGUAGAGAUUCUGACACAUCUGAUUGUGAAUACUAUCAGCUGGAAGUUACAGUGCCAUCUACUACCAUCUGGUACACAGUUAAACAUUUGGUUCCAGGGUGUACUUAUCUAGUGGCAAUUGUAUCUGAGCCAACCAAACUAGGAGAAGAUGGCACCAUUGAUGACAAGUUUAUGAGCUCAGUUGUCAUUGAAGUUCCAGAGUGCCACAGCACUUGGUGUUCAGAACCAGGUCACAACCAUUCCAUUCCCAGAGAUGUAGAUGUUACUUAUAUGUUUGAUUCUUCAACGACAAUGUUUAAUGUGAAAGUCACAUGGAAGUUACCAGUGGUAACUAUAGCCCUCACUGGAUUUGAUGUGACAUGGGGUACGAUGUUUGAGUCGAUUGCCGUUGAAAACAGAAUAGUGAACGUUGAUGUGAAAGAACAGCGUGAAACGUACGACCAAUAUAUACCUAAUUUUAAACCUGGAGCACUAUAUUUUGUAGAGGUGACUGCUAUUCACUAUGGUGAAGUUUAUGAAGCAGCACCACGACGUGAAUUUCAGACUCCAUCUCUUUACCCUGCCAGUCCUGUCAAUGUACAAGUAGAAGUUAUGGAUGGUAGUGUCCUUGUCUCUUGGAUUGAACCAGAGGGAACGUCUAUAUACUUUAUUACAUCAUACUUUGUUUUAUGGGGAACAACAUUGAUGCAAGACUAUCCGGAAAUAUCAGUUGAGGCUGGACAUUAUGGCAACUUGUCAACAUCUUCUGAUACAUUUCAAAGUGUACUAAGGUUAUUGAAGCCUGCAACUGAGUACUAUGUGCAGGUGGCAGCAGUUUCAUCUAAUGGUCCUGGAGCAAUGUCAGAUCCAAAGCGAUUUUGGAGUCCAGCAGCUAGUCCUUCUGAUCCUGACCAAUCUGACAGCAUUGUCAUCUACAUUGCAUGUCCGAUAGCAGCAGUAACAAUAGUUUGUGUUAUUGCUAUUGUUAUUGCAUUUUUCGUGAACCGAGUGAAGAAGGAAGUAAAGUUUGAAGUGACCACAACUGCUUCCAGUGAUAAUGUCGGAGGUGAAUCUAAUGAUAAAGAUGGAAACAAGUUUGUCAGACGAUUUGUACCCAAAGUGUCGCCUGAUGACUGGGAAGUUGAUCCUGCUCGAAUUAACAUUGUGGAAUUGUUAGGAGAGGGUUUCUUUGGCGUUGUUGUGAAGGCUGAUGUUGUUAGUCGUGCUGUUAGCAGUCCUACUGUACCACCAUCACAGGACAUGGUAUUUGGUAUUGAGCAUCGAGUGCCAAGGAGUGUGUCAACAACCCGCUCUCUACUCAGCAACACUUCAUUUUCUUCUACUUUUGAAAGACGAAGAACAGUGGUUGCAAUCAAGAUGUUGAAAGAUGGCAAUUGUGAGUCAGGUCAACAAGACCUAUUGGAGGAAAUUAAGAUGAUGAAGCGAGUUGGUAGUCAUCCUUAUAUUGUGAACAUGUUGGGCUGUGUUACACAGUCUGUCCCUUUAAUGCUUCUGGUGGAGUUUGUUUCUGGUGGAGAUCUACUGACUUACCUGAGGCAACUAAGACCAGAACGUCUUUCUACAAGUGUCAGAGGCCAAAUGAAUGAGUACACUCCUGAACCCAAGUCAAGGGAAACUAAGAGCCGUAGCAGAAGUAGGAGCAGAGAGUGUACUCAUGAUGAGAGUGAUGAUGAUGUUUUUACUGGAAAAUGUGACAAGGCUGUUCUUCCUGCUGCAACAUCAAGUCUUUCAUUCCAAGACUUGAUUACCUUUGCAAAACAAAUUGCAUUAGGAAUGCAUCACCUCGGCAGUAAAGGAGUUGUACAUCGUGACUUGGCCUGUAGAAAUGUUUUGGUUGAUGUUAGCAAUAAAUUGGUGAAAGUUUCUGACUUUGGUUUGGCUCGAGCUGUCUACAAAGAUGAAGCAUACAUUACUACAAAACGAGGCUUUUUGCCUCUCAAGUGGAUGUCAGUAGAAGCUAUAUUUGACAGAACUUUUACCACAUCCAGUGAUAUAUGGUCAUUUGGUGUGGUUGUGUGGGAGAUCUGUACAUUAGGUGGAAUUCCUUACCCUUGCGUCGAUGAUGACGUUCUUGCAAACAAGCUUCGUCAAGGAUAUAGAAUGUCAAAGCCAGAAAACUGCUCAUGCGAAUUAUAUGAGAUUAUGAAGAGAUGCUGGCAUCCUGACCCUGACUGUCGUCCAACGUUCUACAACGUAUCAAAUUGGUUGGAUGCACUGAAUCUAUUGGAAAUGAAGAAGUCAUCAGACAGAUCUAUGCCAUGGCUGUCAGCAAGUGACCUUGAUUCAGAAAUGUCCAGUCCAAAUCCAAGUGUAUCAUAAUGUAACUGAAGGCUGUUAUGUGUCUUCAGUGGUUGUUGCAG